UACCUGCGUUGCAGGCAGGUCUAGGAUAAGUCUCAGGUGGUGUUCUUGUUUAAUUUUGUAAGCUACUUCAUUGUUUCAGGCAUGUGUCGGAACCACAGUGGAGAUCAGUGGAAAAAAGUUUGCCGUUCCGACCACUGGAGAUCAGUAGUCGGAACGGUCGAGACUUCUAGCUGCUCUAGUAUGACAGCUUCCGGUCCUCUGUACUUCCGUUAGAAACACCAUACGUUUUUAGACAUGGAGCGUACCAAAUUUCAGAAUGGCGACGACAGAGACGAAGUCUUUGUGCAAACUGUGUGCAAGGAGAUAACGAAUUUUGUACAAGGUGAUGUUCACAACAGUGUGCUGAUCUUUCCAGUCCUGCCGAAACGCGAGAGAUUCCUGACUCACAAGGUUGUUGAAGAAAAGUUUGAAGACCUGUGCAGUUUCUCACUGGGAGAAGGCGUUUGCCGAAGGACAGCUGUGUGCCUGAAGUCGCGGCUUAUUUUUGCAUUUGAAAACGGCUACUGCUUAGAUGAGGCAGCGCGAAAAGUAGCUUUGAGGCUUUGCAGAGAGAAAGGGCUUCCGGUCGAUUUCCUUUCACAUAGCAUCAAGAGACCGUUACCUUCAAGCAGAGAGAUGCAAGCACCGAGGCCAACACGACAGCGGCAAAGGCGCCCAGAUAUACAGCUUUAUGUGCCACGGGGGCGCAAAGCUGAGGCCUUGAAAACUGAUGCAAGAGAUGCCCCUGCACAAGAAGCAAGGGUGCCUUCACAGCAUUUGCCGGAAAGCGAAGCACCAGUACCUACAACAGAUGCAGCAGACCCUCAGUGCAGAGAGAACACUGGGGCUCACCAUGAAGAUGCAAGUACAGAACACAACAGAAAAGCUUCUGCUCACUUGAUUGAGGCAACUAAUGUGUGUGCACAAGCAUGGGUGCCUUCACAGCAUUUGCCGGAAAGCCAAGCACCAUUAGCAACAACAGAUGCAGCUGACCCUCAGCUCAUGGAGGACACUGAGACUCACCAUGAAGAUGCAAGUACAGAACACAACAGGAAUGCUUCUUCUCACUUCAUUGAGACAGCUAAUGUGUGUGCACAGGCAAGAGUGCUUUCACAGCAUUUAGCGGUAAGCCAAGCACCAUUACCAACAACAGAUGCAGCAGACCCUCUGUGCAGAGAGGACACUGGUGCUCACCAUGAAGAUGCAAGUUCAGAACACUAUAGGAAAGCUUCUGCUCACUUGAGCGAGGUUACUAAUGUGUGUGGCAUGGGUGGUGAUGUCGAGUGUACUGGCCUGGAAGACAGUAACUGUGAUGUGCUCUCAACAAGUGGAAAUUCUGAGAACGGUGAAGCUGUGAUCCAAGUAUGUUUAUCACUUUCACAGGAAAAUGAGAAUGAUUACUUUAAAAAAACAGAAGAUGAAGGUUCUCAAGAAGUGAACUCAUUACAGGAGUUUUCGUCCGUUGUGACAGAUUGUGCAGGUAUGCAAAAAUAUAGAAGCCUGCUAGAAUCCCAAGGUGGGGUUGGAAUUGUAGUGGGUAACAGCGUUGUCAGAACUAGCGAACAGACUGAACAUGCAGCACAUGAAGAACCGCCGCUUACAAAUCAUUUGGAGAUGGCACACUCUUAUGGUGAGCAUGUAGACACUGCUGGAGAUAGCACUGAAGCAAGCAUCGAAGAGAACCAUAAGGAUGCUGAGGAUUCAUGGGAUGCCCUUUUUGAUGAAACAGGGGAAUGUGUUGCUCCAGAAGUUUUGAAAAAUAUCACUAAGGCCUUGGGUGACAUUAAAGUGCAUCAAGCAGAGCUUGAUUACACCAAGUUUGAGCCUCGUAUUCCUGACCUCUCAGAAGCAGAGUAUGGCCAUGUCCUUGAGAUAUAUGAUUUUCCUGCCGAAUUUGAAACAAAAGACCUUGUGACAGCACUGUCAUCUUGCAGAGAUCAGUUCAACAUUAAGUGGGUGGAUGACACCCAUGCAUUGGCAAUUUUUUCGACGCCAUUUGCUGCAACAGAAGCGCUUGGCCUACAGAAUUCACUUAUGAAGAUGAGGCAUGUGUCUGAAGCCUCCAAGCAGUCCAAGCUGAAGAUUAAACAUUGUAGUGAAUUCUUGAUGCCUUACAAGCCUCGACCGCAGACGUCUGCUUCUGUGGCACGCCGUUUGGUGAGCGGUGCCCUUGGCAUGCGGGUGAAUGUGGAUGCUGCACAACGAAGGAAAGAACUGCAGAUGUUGAAAGAGGCCAAAGGCAAGAAAAAGACUGCAGCCAAGCAGCGAACUGACGUGUGGAAUGGAGACGUGUCAUGACUUGUCAGCCUUGCUCACUGGCUUGCAAGCCCCGAGAAGCACAGCACAGCCCUGGAAGCUACUUCUUGUACAUCCUGGC